UGGAUUAGUGAGUUCAUCCCCUUUAUAAUUAAGAAUCCAAGUUUUGAGAAAGAAAAAGUCGGCCUAAUAAUUCCAAUUUAGACCAUUAUCUAGGAGAUUAUGAUAGUUUAGAGAUACUACAACUGAAGUAUAACCCUUCUGCAACUUCAAACCCACUUGAAGUGGUCAGACCAAGUUAUGGCAGUGGGAUUGAGUACAGAGAUGAGUGGUAAUAGUAGAAUUAAAAAAUACAGUGGGAGGGUUACAAAAUAUGUAAUUCUUUCGUGUAUGAUGGCAGCCAUGGGUGGAUUUCUCUUUGGUUAUGAUAUUGGAAUUUCAGGUGGAGUGACUUCAAUGGAGCCAUUUUUGAACAAGUUUUUUCCGUAAGUGUAUAGGAGGAUGAAGGAGGACACCAACAUUAGCAACUACUGCAAAUAUGAUAGUAUGCUUUUGACAUUGUUUACAUCAUCUUUGUACAUUGCUGGACUUGUGGCCUCCUUUUUUGCAUCAUCAAUUACAAGUAGGUUUGGUCGUAAACCAUCCAUUCUCAUUGGUGGUGCUACUUUCCUUGCUGGUACUGCUCUUGGUGCCGCCGCUGCCAACAUUUACAUGCUCAUAUUUGGUCGUGUCUUGCUGGGUGUUGGUGUGGGAUUCGCAAACCAGGCAGUCCCACUAUAUCUUUCAGAAAUGGCACCUGCUACAUACCGAGGAGCCAUGGCCAAUGGUUUCCAUUUAUGUGUCAAUCUUGGAAUCUUAUCUGCUAACCUAAUCAACUUUGGAACUGAAAAGAUCAAAGGUGGUUCAGGCUGGCGAAUUUCACUUGCAAUGGGUGCAGUUCCAGCAUCGGUAUUAACCAUAGGAUCCUUUUUCUUGUCUGAAACUCCAAAUAGCUUGAUUCAGCGUGGGGUUGAUUCUCAAAAGGCGAGGCUAGUGUUGCAAAGAGUAAGAGGAACAACUGAUGUCCAAGUAGAGCUUGACGAUCUUAUCAAAGCUAGCUCUGCAUCCAAAACACUCAACCACCAUCCGUUCCAUCUAAUUUUGCAGAGAAAAUAUAGGCCGCAAUUCAUAAUGUCAAUUGCCAUACCAUUCUUCCAGCAGGUAACAGGAAUCAAUGUGAUUGGAUUUUACGCACCAUUGCUAUUCCGAACAAUUGGAUUAGGUGAAAGUGCAUCACUGUUGUCAGCCGUACUCACAGGUCUAGUCGGGACAUGUUCAAUUUGUAUCACAAUAUUGACAGUUGAUAAAAUAGGACGACGCGCUUUAUUCAUAAUAGGCGGAAUACUAAUGUUCAUACCACAGAUAACAGUUGGGGCAAUAAUGGCGUAUAAACUUGGAGAUCAUACUGAACUAAUGACCAAAGGAUAUUCAUAUUCAGUGCUAGUUUUAAUAUGUGUAUAUGUUUGUGGCUUUGCAAUAUCUUGGGGUCCAUUAGCUUGGCUGGUUCCCAGUGAGAUUUUCCCAUUAGAAAUUAGAUCAAUUGGACAAAGCAUAAAUGUAGCUGUAGGCUUGAUAUUCACUUUUAUAAUUGCCCAAACAUUUUUGGCAAUGCUUUGCCAUUUGAAAGCUGGGAUUUUCUUCUUCUUCGGUAGUUGGGUCUUUCUAAUGACGGGGUUUGUAUACUUUCUGUUGCCGGAAACUAAGAAUGUACCUAUCGAAAAGAUGGAUAAGAUCUGGAGACAACAUUGGUUUUGGAAGAGAUUUGUAGGGGAGGAAGAAAGUGUUGACAACCAAUGGAACGUACCUAUUCCUAUGUCAAAUGGUAUUUGGAAUUGAAGUAUCAACUUGUGUUUUCCUGUUCUAUGUUAAGUGGGAUUUUGGUAUCAUUGACCAAACUGAACCAGAUUAUGCUCGUUAAGUUCAGGCAAGGAACGAGCCACCAGGUAUGGACACUGAAGCAGUUUCCCCAACCCCCGGAGACAAUUUGUCUAUGUUUUAGAAAAAAUCCUCAUAAAGUUGUUUGCUUAUUUAUUGUACUAGCAUUCACAACUGUUUUGUGGACUCGGGGUCUAAAUUUUUAUCAUUGAGUGAAGAUGAUAAUCUAGGAGUUUGAAGCGGGUCUUCUUCCCCUGAGAAUACUCUUUCCAUAUGUGUGACAUCUAUCUGCAUCUUCUUUUAAUGUCAAAUAUACAC